AUGAAGGAAACGUUGCCAGAAGAUGUACCCGACCGUUACACCCUAAUCGAACGGCACGUCCAGGCCCUGGCUGAUUUGCAUAGCACUUUCCUCCAAAAGAAAUACGAAAGAGUACUUGAUGUACGUGGAGUGAUGUCUCUUAAAUCAGAUAUUAUCAGCCGUUUGCGAGAGAUAAACAACAGCACAUGGAAAGGGGUUUUCCUGUGGCAACUCUCUAUGUACAAGCUUAGGGUCUUCCUGCAAAAUCACAUGCAACAGACGCUGGAGAAAUUCGCUGACUUUGCUUGUUCGGAGGACUGCACCAUUACUGAAGGGCCCGUUUUGGACUGCUGGACCUGCCUACGGAUUGUUGUCCAAUGUUUUGAUGGAGAGCUCUGUGGAGUGGAAGACAAACGUCUUGCAGAAUACAAUGAAAUUGUGCUUUACGUCUUCCUCGUUUGUGAGUCUGUGGUGUUGUCUUCAGCUGUGUUGAUAUACUUGGUAUGUUUUAAACACAAGAGGAUGAUGAUACAAAAAAUAAUCGGUCAUUAGCUGUACUGGAAACCAGAGGAUUGCUCAACACCACACCACCUUCUUACACAGCCUUGAGUUUUGACUGGCGAGAGCAAAUAAGAGGACACUUGUACAAGGAAGAAUUAUGUUUCUCUUUUGAGCAAAGAAAAGCAAAUUUGGAACCCAUCUUGGUUUCCUAUAAAGGAAGUGAUGCCUAGUGAAUCAGUAGUGUGGGUGAGUGGUGGUUGCCAAACAUCUGAAGGA